AUGCUGCGCCACGCACGGAAUGUGGUCAUCAAUGGAGGUGAAUUCUACAACGUCGACGUAUGGCAAAACCAAUCAGUUUCGGCCUUGGAAGGUAUAGAGUUGCUUUACGCCCACACCGACCCCGGCGCUCUCCAUAACUCAGAGGAGAGGUACGAUCCACCAAAGUGUCACCCCCUCACUCGGCAGGCCAUUCUCGACAAAUUAGUCGCAUGGAUAGAGGAUAUGGACGACAAAGGAUUCGAGGCUUUUUGGGUGUAUGGAUCAGCAGGAGUGGGGAAGUCAGCGAUUAUGCAGACCCUGGCAGAGCUCUUCCACGCUAAGUGCCGUCUUCUCGCCAGCUUCUUCUUUUCGAGGACUUCACCAACGAGGAACACCCCAGUUCAUUUUAUCACGACUCUAUCCUACCAGGUCGCUCUCUGUUCGCCUCGCCUUAGGGAAGCCAUCCGCAAAAUCGUUUCAACAGACCGGUCCAUCUUCGCUCGUUCCCUUGAAACACAACUCCAGGCGUUGGUCGUCAAGCCAAUUUUAGAGGCUCGUAAGGAGGAAGACUCCGAUAUUCCCACACUGAUCAUCAUCGACGGGCUUGAUGAGUGUCAUUCCCCCGACGAUCAGAACCGAAUUCUUCGGGCGCUUACUAACGCAUUGAAAGAUCAACCUCUCGGAAUUAAACUUAUAAUCGCCAGCCGCCCUGAGCAGGCCAUACGCACCGAAUUCGACUCCGGCGCUCUCAAGCUGUGCUCACGCCGCCUCUCUUUGAACGACUCUUCAUUGCGGGCAUGGAAAGAUAUCGACGUAUUUCUGAGGCAUAAAUUCCUGGAGAUCAAGACUUCGCACCCUCUGCGUUCCUACAUCCCGGACGGCUGGCCAUCGAAAUACGAUCUCGACCUACUAGUUCGCAAAUCGUCCAGUGACUUUAUCUUCCCUUCCGUCGUGAUGCGUUUUGUCGAAAGCCCUCGCCACAGGCCGGUUGAACGGCUGAAGAGAGUGUGUGGCUCGUCACCACGGGAAGGAGGAGACACCCCCUUCGGGGAGCUGGAUGCUCUCUAUACGACCAUUCUCUCUAGCGUUGAAAACAUUACGCCUGUGUUGGAGGCCCUGUUGGUCCUCUACACCAUUCGCUUAUUAGAACCAGAAGGGCGGAAGUCGAACAUUUCUAGUCAUCACUGCUUAUCCGUCGUUGCGAGAACCCUGCGAUACACGACGGAGGAGUUAAGGGUCUACUUGAUGGAUCUCACCUCUUUGAUUGACCUCGAAGCCACGGAUGACACUUGUAUCCGGAUAUUUCAUGCGUCCUUCACUGAUUUCUUGAUGGACGAGAAGCGCUCGCAGAAAUACUAUAUCGAUGCUGAAUGGCUUCAUAGCAACAUUGCGAGCCGCUGCGUCUUUCAUUGCAGCUACAUCUACAAAAUGAAAGGACUGCACGAUCUGUUCAAUACGAGGCUUACGCAGCACUACGUCACUUGCUUCUUACUGUGGCAUCUAGGCAAGAUUUCGCCUAGUGAAGCUCUCGUACGCCAGCUAUCGGACCUCGACACUACGUCCGUGCUUGUCUUCAACAAUUCUGAGUUUGUAACGAGUGAGAGAUGGCGUUUGUUUUUCGGAAUCGUUAACUUUAUUCGCACGUUGAAACGGCCCUACGCGGAAGGAAUGUACCUGGAAAAAAUGCGCUCCCUCGAAGACUAUUUGAAGCACAAAUUCUCUAUCUACCACUCGGAGCCGGCUCUGAGGGAUUUUGUGACGUCCAUGAUGUGGUACUUUAUGAUGGACUACGAUGGGAUCGAAGACUCGAAGGAGCGGCGUGCCCCAAUGUGGAAUAUUGUGAUGAUCGAUUUGAACGCCACCUACGAAGAUAGCUGCAUCCUCCACCUUUGCGGCCUCAUUGAUCAAGAUAAUCAGUCAGAAAUUGUCCCUUACCUCAGGGAAUUCCUUCUCAAUCCGGAACGUGCAGGCGAGUUUCGUAUCGAUGGACAACGGUAUGCCUCUCUUUCGCUUCAGUUCGCCAAGCGGUUGUACUCCGAACUCUUAGCCCUCCUCGAAGCAGACACCCCGCUCGGGAAUGACGCAAACACGAAACAAGGUCUAUCCGACAUGAGCAUUCCUUCGACCUUCCUGGGCGCGUGUCGUCUGCUUGUGUGGGCUGCCCCACUCGCAAAGCCACCAACGCAUUCGCCGCUGCUCCUUGGUGUCGUCUGA